GGGUCUUCAAGUUUCUACGAUUUGCGACAUUGCUUUAGAAUAUAAAUACAAUUGUUCAAGCGGUAGGUCCUCCAUUUUCUUCGUCAACAGCAUCAUGUCGCACAGGAAGUUUAGCGCCCCUCGACAUGGGUCGAUGGGCUUCUACCCGAAGAAGAGAUCCCAGAGACAUCGCGGAAAGGUGAAGGCUUUCCCGAAGGAUGAUCCGAGCAAGCCUGUACACUUGACAGCUUUUGUCGGCUAUAAGGCCGGUAUGACUCACGUCGUCAGGGAAGCUGAUCGUCCUGGAUCGAAGGUGAAUAAGAAGGAAAUUGUGGAGGCUGUUACUAUCCUCGAGACGCCGCCGAUGAUCGUCGUUGGUCUUGUUGGCUAUAUUGAGACGCCACAUGGACUUCGAGCGCUUGCCACUGUCUGGGCAGAGCACUUAUCGGAGGAUUGUCGUAGGCGUUUCUACAAGAAUUGGUACAAGAGCAAAAAGAAGGCGUUCACGAAAGCAUCAAAAAAAUGGCAAGACGAUCUCGGUCGCAAAUCCAUCGAAGCAGAUCUCAAGAAGAUCAAGAAGUAUUGCAGCGUUGUUCGCAUUAUUGCUCACACUCAGAUGAAACUGCUGAGACAACGUCAGAAGAAAGCCCACAUCAUGGAGAUCCAGUUGAAUGGCGGCACUAUCGAGGACAAGGUGCAGUGGGCGCGCGAUCAUUUGGAGAAGCCUGUGCCUAUUAGCAGCGUUUUUACUACCGAUGAAAUGAUUGAUGUAAUCGGAGUUACCAAGGGAAAAGGCUACAAAGGCGUUACAUCCAGGUGGCACACGAAGAAAUUGCCGCGCAAGACCCACAAGGGUCUGAGAAAGGUCGCCUGUAUCGGCGCCUGGCAUCCUAGUCGCGUGUCUUUCACCGUCGCGCGUGCUGGUCAGAAAGGAUAUCACCAUCGUACCGAGAUGAACAAGAAGAUUUACAGGAUUGGACAAGGCAUUCAUACCAAGGAUGGCAAGAUCGUGAAGAACAAUGCUUCUACGGAGUACGAUCUCACUGAUAAGAGUAUCACGCCUAUGGGUGGCUUCCCGCAUUAUGGUGAAGUUAACAAUGACUUCAUCAUGAUCAAGGGAUGCUGUAUGGGCCCGAAAAAGCGCGUGAUUACGCUAAGAAAGUCCUUGUUGGUGCACACCAAGAGGUCAGCGUUGGAGAAGAUCAAUCUUAAGUUCAUCGAUACCAGCUCCAAAUUCGGACAUGGUCGCUUCCAGACCGCCGUUGACAAGGCCUCCUUCAUGGGACAACUCAAGAAGGAUCGUUUGCGCGAGGAGGAAGCACGAACCGUCGGUGUACCGGCCGCUCCGCCGGCGCAGUAAAACCAUGUUCUACUGUGUACAAUUUACAAGUAAAAAUAUAAUUUUAAAAAAACUUA